AUGGCUUAUUCGUUGUCUUCGAUCGAUUCUCGUAUUAAUGGUAUUCGGAACACCGCUGAAGUUGGUGUAGGUGGCAUAGAGAAUUAUGCCAAAAAAAGAGCACACCGGGAACCCGUGGAUGAAUAUGAAGAAGCGUUGGUACAUCAAUCUGAAAGUCUUGAGAACGAUGUUCAUAAUCAAGUGGAUGAUAUAAAACAAUACGUACUGACUAGACAGCCUCGAACAAAUGAUACGGACUAUGAACGUAAAAGAAGAGAAUUUAUACAAUUCACAAAACAUGCCACAGAGGGAAUGACAGGAUUAAAAGGCACUUUCAGUCGGCUCUUCUCCAAAAUCAAGGACGUAGUCAAGAGAAUCGCACGUUGGAUUCGUGAUAAUUUGCCAAACAUCGUUCGCACUAUUGGAGUCAUUUUUAAAGAUGUAGUGUUUCCUAUUUUGGGUCAUUUCACAGGUCACACAUAUGGACAGAUACCUCACUGA